AUGACCUACGCGGAUUGCUCCUCCGAUCUGAUCUUCGCUCUGUUCUCCAAUAGUCGUGCUCCCUCUGCCUGGACCUGCCCGUACAACACGGAAUUUGCCUCAGAUGUGACUGGGCAGCUUGCUCGAUGCGCGCGGCCGCAGGAUCGUGAGACGUUUAUGGUCCUUGAGCAUGCGCUAGAACGGUCUCAAUCAUGUCACUCUUCUUGCGACGACAUGAGAGCAUAUGCGCGGAGCAAGGGAUGGGAUGAGACCUAUAAGUGGAUCGAGAAGACGAUCGAGCAGGUUGACGAGCAGAGGGAGAAGGCUGUCAGAUACAAAGAGCAGCUUGUUAAAGAGAACCAGCAGCUUGACGAAGAGAAGAAGAAGGUUAUUAAGGAGAACGAGAAGCUCGUCCAGGAGAACAACAAGCUUAUCGGCUGGAACACCUAUUUAACCAAAGAUUGGAUAACCAACUCUUCGAAGACUUGUUCGAGCAAUCUGGGUCGGUUCAUGGUCUUCUGCAAAGGUCAGUUUUUCCGCUAA